ACGACAAGAAUUAAAGUGACUCCUGACGGGGAGUAUCUCAUUGCGUCAGGUAUUUACCCACCACAAGUUAAAGUUUAUGAGCUGCGGGAGCUGUCAUUAAAGUUCGAAAGGCAUUUGGUGUCAGAGAUCGUUAACUUUCAGGUCUUGGGUGAUGACUACUCAAAAAUGGCAUUUCUUUGUGCUGAUCGUUCUGUAUGCCUCCAUGCAAAAUAUGGAAGUCAUUACAGUUUGCGAAUUCCAAGGAUGGGAAGGGAUAUUGUAUAUGAUUCCUGGUCUUGUGAUUUGCUUUGUGCUGCCUCAUCACCAGAUCUCUACAGAAUAAAUUUGGAGCAGGGACGCUUCCUUUCCUCGCUUAGCACACGAUCCCCGGCACUUAAUGUGGUUUCGCGGAGCAAGGUCCAUGGAUUAGUUGCUUGUGGAGGGGAGGAUGGUGCUCUCGAAUGCUUUGACAUGAGAGCAAGAUCUUCAGUUGGCAGGAUAAAUGCUGUUGCACCUGCUGGGAAUGGGGACCAGGAGGUUACUGCAAUAGAGUUCGACGGAGAUGGAGGUUACCUCAUGGCUGUUGGAAGUAGUGAUGGAAAGGUUCUGAUUUAUGAUUUACGAUCUUCUCAACCUAUGCGGAUAAAGGAUCAUAUGUAAGUUGUUUUGCCAGCUUAUAAUGGUAAAGUAAGUAAAGUGUUGUCGUUAG